AAACGGGAGGUGCAACUCUGCUUGUCUUAUCGGCGCGUGGAUGGAAGCCUUGUGUUCGUCUCUGCAGUCUUUAAUGCCUGUUUGGAGGAUAUCGAUUCUGACAGAUAAAAGACGCUGCCAUUCACAGUGACAGUUGUGUAAUAUGGAGGAUGUGUGCUUACCUGUGCAGGAGCCUCUAGAGAGGGGCUUAGAAGAGGGGAGCAGUGAUGACAUAGAGAAGAAUCCCAUGCCACAUAGGGGUCUCCUCUCUAAAUAUACCACCGUAAAAAGAAGUGUUGGCUUAAAGGAAGAGGACUGUGACUGGGAAUCCACUCAAGUUAAACAGGAGAGUCUUUCCAUUAAAGAGGAGGACAGCAAGUGGGUGCCUCAAAGGAUUAAGGAUGGCUCUGUUGAAGCAUUUGCCAUCACCGACAGGCAGAAAAAUGAAACUAUAAACAGCAUAAAGGAAGAAGGCUUCAUAUUAGAGUUGGACUCUCAGUGUUUUAACCCUAAAGAAGAGGUACCAGAACUGGGCUUCAGUCCCUGUAGUCCUUCCUCCUUGCAGCCUCACUCUGUCCAUGUGAAGAUGGAGUCUUCGUUAUCUGACAUGACGCGCUCUGAAAAGGCAGCAGGCUCCAGUCGUUGUGGAGGAGGUGAGCAAGGCAAUGGUAGCUUGUCAACAACAGAAAUUGCGAAUAUGAAGAAAUCAACAUCUAGAUCCAAGAGUUUGAAAGCCUCCACUUUCCAGAAUACUCCUCUGCCUGUUGUGGUCCAUAAAAGUGUAACCAAUAAUAAGCUACAGAUGCACAAUGCAAAUUCAGCAACCCUGUCUGUCUUAAAAGAGCAGAGGAAAAGUUUUAAUUGCAAACCUAAAGACAAAGAUAAGUUGAGGAUUACAAAACAAAAGCGGUAUGAUUGUUCUGAAUGUGGAAAACAUUUUUCUAGAAAAUGGGACCUUCAGACCCACACGAGAAUUCACAAUGGGGAGAGGCCGUACCAGUGUUUGGAAUGUGGCAAACAAUUCUCUCGCAGUGACAGUCUUCUAACUCACACAAGAAUUCACACUGGAGUGAAGCCUUAUUGCUGUUCUGAGUGUGGUAAACGAUUCUCUGAGAACACACAAUUUCAGAGACACACUAGAAUUCACACUGGUGAGAAGCCAUACUCCUGUUCAGAAUGUGGCAAACAAUUCUCAAGUAGUAGCACUCUUCAGGUUCACAGAAGACGUCACACUGGAGAAAAACCUUACAGUUGUUCAGAAUGUGGGAAGCAAUUCUCUAGUAGCAGCAGUUUGAAAACCCACACAAGAGUUCACACUGGAGAGAAGCCAUAUUGUUGUUUUGAAUGUGGCAAAGGAUUCACCACCUGUGGGAACCUCCAAAUCCACAAGAGAAUUCAUGCUCGUGAGAAGCCGUAUUGUUGUAAUGAAUGUGGCGAACAAUUUUCUGAUAGGAGCACUUUUAGCAUACACACAAAAAUUCACAGCGGAAAGAAGUCUUUUUUGUGUGUUGCAUGUGGCAAACAAUUCUCUCGCAGUGACAGUCUUCUAACUCACACACGAGUUCACACUGGAGAGAAGCCGUACCGCUGUUCUAAAUGUGGUAAGCGAUUCUCCACCAGCAGCAUUCUUCGUUGCCAUAUAAGAAAUCACACUGGAGAGAAGCCUCAUUCCUGUUCCGAAUGUGGCAAAGGUUUCUCUGACAAAAGAAGUCUUCAGAACCAUACUCACACAAGAACUCACACUGGGGAGAAGCCGUGCCAGUGUUCUGAAUGUGGCAAACGAUUCUCUCGCAGUAACAGUCUUCUAACUCACAUACGAAUUCACACUGGAGAGAAGCCAUAUUGCUGUUCUGAGUGUGGUAAACAAUUCUCUGACAAGAGGCAAUUUCAGAGACACACUAGAAUUCACACUGGGGAGAAGCCAUACUCCUGUUCAGAAUGUGGGAAACGAUUCUCAAGUAGUAGCAGUCUUCAGGCUCACAGAAGACGUCACACUGGAGAGAAACCUUACAGUUGCUCAGAAUGUGGGAAGCAGUUCUCUUGCAGCAGCAGUCUGAAAACCCACACAAGAAUUCACACUGGAGAGAAGCCUUAUUUGUGUAAAGAUUGUGGUAAACAAUUCUCUGACAACAGGCCAUUUCAGAGACACACAAGAAUUCACACUGGAGAGAAACCAUAUAGCUGUUCGGAAUGUGGCAAACGAUUCGCUAAUAGUACAAAUCUUCAGACCCACAGAAGAAUUCACACAGGAGAGAAGCCAUAUUGCUGUUCAGAAUGUGGCAAACAAUUUUCACAAUUAAGCAAUUUUCAGGAUCACUCAAGAAUUCACACAGGAGAGAAGCCAUAUCGUUGUUCUGAAUGUGGCAAAGGAUUCGCCACCUGUGGGCAUCUCCAAAGCCACAAAAGAAUUCACGCUCAUGAGAAGCCUUAUUCUUGUAAUGAAUGUGGCAAACGAUUUUCUGAUAGGAGCACUUUUAACAAACACAUAAGAAUUCACAGCGGAAAGAAGUCUUUUUUAUGUGUUGCAUGUGGCAAAGGAUUUUUUACCAGAAGCCAACUUCAGACACAUACACGAAUUCACACUGGAGAGAAGCCAUACUGCUGUUCUAAAUGUGGUAAACGAUUCUCCACCAGCAGCAUUCUUCGUUGCCAUAUAAGAAGUCACACCGGGGAGAAGCCUCAUUCCUGUUCGGAGUGUGGCAAAGGAUUCUCUGACAAAAGAAGUCUUCAGAACCAUGCAAGAGUUCAUACUGGAGAGCAAGAAGACAAAUGAUUAAUUACUGGACAUCUAUAUGGAAGAGUUUUCAGGACCUUAUUUAAUUAAAGGUUAAUGUAUUUUACUGAAGUGCAGAAUGACAAGUAAACUGAAUUAUGAAAUGAGCUCAGACGUUAAUGAGAAAUGGAAUCACAAGAAGUACGUGUCAGUCAUGAUAUAGCACGGAAACACUGUAGUUUUGCCACAAUACUGGCUGGAUCAUGAUCUUAAAUAUAAAAGUAAUGAGAUGAAUAUUCUAAUGAGAAUCUUUUUCACAGUGCAAUCCUGGCUUAGUUCUUGUUUUUCAACCAGGACAAGUUGACCCCUGCUUAACCCUGAAGUGGUAAGUGGGCAAAAAGACAGAAUGAUUGCUAGAUGCUCUUUACUUCCACAGUCUUUAUUCCUGGCACCGCACCCACCAUGGUCAGGGUACCCAUCUUGCCAUCAAGAAGUCCCCAGUCAUUGGUGGAUGAUCUAAACUUGUACAGCUCCUGUGUUAGACAACUAGAAGAACUUCAUGUUUUGAAAUAAUUGUCUGAUGUCAUCUGAAUAGCAUUUAAGCUUCAUAAAAGUCCUAAUCAGUGGCCAGUGAAUUUGUCGUCUGAACUUUCUACCAAAAAAAC